CGCAGAGACCAGUCAACCAGUCACUCGCAGCUAAAGGGAUUUGAGAUUUAACUGAGCUUCAGAAAACUUAAUGAAGCUGCGGGUCUUGACGGGUCUUUACGACACUUGACGACACCAGCCGUUGCCUUACGACAAGCCGUGUUCCGACGCAGCGUGGAGUUGUUUACCAUCCCUGACAGCUCUCUCUCGACUAUUGAGUUCACAUUGAGCCUCUGCCCGGUCGACACUCGUUUGAAAUUGGACUGUUUGUGUAAAGGGAGACAUGGGGAAGCCAAAGAAAAAGAGUGACCUCAGUCGAGCGGAGCUGAUGAUGAUGACCAUCGCUGACGUCAUUAACCAGCUUCUUGAAGCCCAUGAGGAGGGCAAAGACAUCAAUCUCAACAAAGUGAAGACUAAGACCUCAGCUAAAUAUGGACUUGAAUCUCAGCCCCGGUUGGUUGAUAUCAUCGCUGCUGUUCCACAACAAUACCGUCGUGCUCUUGUGCCCAAACUAAAGGCCAAACCCAUCCGCACUGCCAGCGGGAUUGCAGUUGUGGCUGUGAUGUGCAAACCUCACCGAUGUCCACACAUCAGCUUUACAGGCAACAUCUGCGUCUACUGUCCUGGUGGACCGGACUCAGACUUUGAGUACUCUACACAGUCUUACACUGGUUAUGAGCCAACAUCCAUGAGAGCCAUCCGAGCCCGCUAUGACCCCUACCUCCAGACCAGACAUCGGGUGGAGCAGCUGAAGCAGCUGGGACACAGUGUUGACAAGGUGGAGUUCAUCGUGAUGGGCGGCACCUUCAUGGCUUUGCCUGAAGAGUACAGAGACUAUUUCAUCAGGAACCUACACGAUGCUCUGUCGGGACACACCUCCAACAACGUGGCCGAAGCUGUCAGGUACUCUGAGCGCAGUAACACCAAGUGUGUGGGAAUCACUAUUGAGACGCGGCCGGACUACUGCCUGAAGCGACACCUCAGUGACAUGCUGGGCUACGGCUGCACUCGGCUGGAGAUAGGAGUCCAGAGUGUCUUCGAAGACGUGGCCCGAGACACAAACAGAGGCCACACGGUGCGAGCUGUGUGCGAGUCUUUCCACCUGGCAAAGGACGCCGGCUUCAAAGUGGUCGCCCACAUGAUGCCAGACCUGCCCAACGUGGGGAUGGAGAGGGAUGUGGAGCAGUUCAUUGAGUUUUUUGAGAAUCCAGCUUUCAGGCCAGAUGGGUUGAAGCUGUACCCGACCCUGGUGAUCCGGGGCACGGGGCUGUAUGAGUUGUGGAAGACGGGCCGCUACAAGAGCUACACGCCCAGCGCCCUCGUGGACCUCGUGGCCCGAAUUCUGGCGCUGGUGCCGCCCUGGACACGAGUCUACAGGGUACAGAGGGACAUCCCCAUGCCACUGGUGAGCUCCGGAGUGGAGCAUGGGAACCUGAGAGAGCUGGCACUGGCCCGGAUGAAGGACAUGGGCACUGAGUGUCGGGAUGUCAGAACCCGAGAAGUGGGCAUUCAGGAGAUCCACCACAAAGUCAGACCUUACCAGGUGGAGCUUGUGCGGAGGGACUACGUGGCUAACGGCAGCUGGGAGACCUUCCUCUCCUACGAGGACCCUGAGCAGGACAUCCUGAUUGGCCUGCUGCGUCUGCGCCGCUGCUCCCCCCAGUCCUUCCGUCCCGAGCUGAAAGGAGGCGUGUCCAUCGUGCGUGAGCUGCAUGUUUACGGCAGCGUCGUCCCCGUCAGCAGCCGAGACCCCAGCAAGUUCCAGCAUCAGGGCUUCGGUAUGAUGCUGAUGGAGGAGGCAGCAAGAAUUGCCAAAGAUGAACAUGGCUCUGGAAAACUGGCCGUCAUCUCCGGCGUAGGAACAAGGAACUACUACAGGAAGAUGGGCUACGAGCUGGAGGGACCGUACAUGGUGAAGGACCUGUAUGAACCUGGGAUGGACUGAAGCUGGACAACGUUUUUUAUCUGGACAAGUGCAAACAAAACAGACACACGUACACGUUAUUUAUCAGGACAAUAUUCCUCCUGUGGUAUUUCUAGUUCUCUGUUUCCCAAGCGUCAGAGGAGAUAGUGGUUGGGUGUUUUUUUUUUCCCUCUCAGCUCAGGCAUCUGCUUUUUAUCUGGGACACACUCGAGAACGCUGUUGCACGUCUCCUGUUUUGUUUAGAUAAGGAGACAGUGUGACGACGUCGGGAGUGAAAGAAAGUUACACGAGCAUCUUGGGAAUGAGGGUUUGGAGUUCAGGCUGAGAUGCCAUUAGGUGGAGGUGGACAUUUGACGUUUUAAAUGUUACAUUUAAGCUGUUUCUUUUUCUAAACAUGCACCAAAAUAAGACAAACAGUGUUGGUAUUUCUAUGUUUACACAUUGAAAUGAACUUUUGCCGCCACUGUCGCGUGUAUGACCUCAGUUUCAGCGAGCAGCAUUGAGUCGCUUUGACGAGAAAUGACAACGGGGCUGCCGAGGCAUUUUUUUACUGCCACUGAAAUGUUACGUUUCGGUGUUGAUUUAGGACGAGAGACGUGUUAAGCAUCACAGUUUGAGUUAAUCAUGUUUAUGUUGCAACUAAAUGAAAAACCCAUUAUGAGUCAAGCGUUCAUUAACGGCUGGCAGUGGAUGAAUGAACAGUGCAGUGUCCUCACUGGGCAGCCGUUGUGUAAUUGCACAAUUUUGAUUUAUAGGGCAGGAAAUUCAAUAUUACAUAAAUAGCUUUUUAAAGCUCCACAGUUAAUCCUGUUUCUUGUUUUUACUUUCAUGUGUUCUUGGGCUACAUGUAUUCUGGUUAAUUCCAGAUGUUGAAACAUCACCUGACCGUCUUUUUGUUUUUUUGCUCUCAGAGAAUAAAGUAUAUUUCAGUUACCA